GGAAACGUCCGAACUUUGAUUCGGACAACGGGGUGCUCAGUGACUCAAUCCAGUUGCAGUAGAUGGAGCCUGGUCGCAUGUAUGUAUAAGAGAUAGUGAGGUGUAUAGUAGGCUAGUUAGUCACACCGAAGGAGAAAAAAACGUGGUUUUCUGAUCAGAAUAGUGGACUAGCUAUUAUUUUCCCCGUGGAUUCCCAAGAGGGCCUUUCUCUCCCCCCCAGCUGCCAAGAUGAUGAAGGAGUGCCUCCAGUUCUUCAUUGAGCCGGCCCAGAAAAUCAAGAUCCGCCUCAAGGAGUCUCGUAAGAAAGGGACGGAUGAGAAGAAAGAACCUUUAGUGGAGAGUCAGCUGUUCAUAAUGGAACUGGCCAGGGAUCUCAACAGACUGUGCCAGAGGUCGAAGGUCCUAGCCCACAUCUGGACCAGUGAAGACAACUGGCCUCCCAGUGUGUGUAGACACUUCAUAGUGGAGUGGGCUGCCGUGCUAGAGAAGAGAGGCCAGCUGAGGAGCAUGCAGACAGAGAAGAGGGACUGGAAGACAGGGGGAGAGUAUGACAUCGGAACCCACAAACGGGUCAUCAUGGACUGGACACACCAGCUCAGAAACAGACCGGAGCCCAGUAUCUGGCCCGGUGAGCCUGUAUUGAUGAUGUUGGAUGAUCUGGAGUUCCAGUGGAGGAGGGGGCGUCUGCCGAACCUUCUCUCAGCCAUGGAGCUGGUCAUGUGGGUGGUGCUGAGUGCAGACAGCCCUGACAAGGAGGACGUAACCAAGCAGUGGCUGAUCAGAAAACAGAGGAGUCAGAAGAGCGAUGCAGCCCGCUACAUUCCCCACAAUGUAUGGAACUGGAUCUGUGAUGCUGCAGAGGAAGUGACCCUUGACCCCAAGACAGCCAACCCUGACCUCUUCCUCUCUGAUGAUGACAAGCGCAUGCGCUGUGGCCUGGAGCGGCGAGACAUCCCUAACUGCAGUCGUCGCUUCGACGGCUGGUGGUUUUGCGCUCUGGGAAACGAGGGCUACAUCUCCGGGCGCCAUUACUGGGAAGUCGAAGUGGGUGACCGGGACUGGCGGCUGGGCGUGGCUAAAGGCUCCGCCCAGAGGAAGGGUUACAGUCCCCUCAACACACAGACGGGCUACCUCACCCUGAGGCUGGAGAGGGGCUCAGACCUCAAGGCGCUGACGGUGCCCUCCACGCCGCUGGCCCAGAUGCUGGUCCCCAGGAAGGUAGGGGUCUACCUGGACUAUGAGCAGGGCCAGCUCUCCUUCUACGAUGUGGAGAAGAGGUCCCACAUCUACACGUACAACGAGACCUUCACAGAGAGACUGUUCCCCGUGUUUGGGACUGUAGAGGUGGUGAGGGAUCUGGUGAUCAGGCCGGCACAGACCAGGGAACCAUGCCUCUGCCCUGGACCCUGUCUCUGGUGAUAACAUAUUACAGCGCUCUUCAAACCUGGUCCUUGAGAGCUAGCCUGGAAUCCACACUGAAUAUUGUAAGUGUAGCGAUAUUCAGUGUAAAUUCCAGGCUAGUGGAGGGCAGGCUUUUGUUCUGGUCCAGCACUAUCACACCUGAUUUGAUGGUGUGAUGAUUAGUUGAUUAGUUCAUUCAGGUGUGUUAAAACAAGGCUGGAACAAAUGCAUGCACUCCUUAGGACCUGGGCUGAAGAACAAUUAUUACCUCCUCCCUGUUACACUUUUUAUUACAUUGCCUUCAUGCCACACUACUUCAAGGUACAAAGGAACUGUAAAAGAACGUGCUGCCCAAAUUACCCAAAGAUCUGACGUAAUUGAUAUUUAGUUCAGCAAGAGCUUGCACACAGGAGACAGAGACAGACAGACAGACAGACAGACAGACAGAGACAGACAGACAGACAGACAGACAGACAGACAGACAGACAGACAGACAGACAGACAGACAGACAGACAGACAGACAGACAGACAGACAGACAGACAGACAGACAGACAGACAGACAGACAGACAGCUGGGGUUUAUAGUCUAUAGACAGCUGGGGUUUACAGUCUAUACUGUAUAAAGGGAGGGUAGAGAGAGUAGCAUGAGGUACUUCAUUCUUCCUCUGAUUCUCUGCCUCUCUUCCUCUCUUCGUCUCUGAUUCUCUUCCUCUCUGAUUCUCUAAUUCUCUGAUUCUCUUCCUCUCUGAUUCUCUGACUCUCUAAUUAUCUUCCUCUCUGAUUCUCUGACUCUCUGAUUCUCUGAUUCUCUUCCUCUCUGAUUCUCUUAUUCUUUGAUUUUCUGAUUCUCUAACUCCACUCUCCAGCUUGCCAGUCUCAUAAUGUAUAUCAGCAUAUUUUUGGAAGUUACGGUUGAUAUUGACAGUGUGUGUAAAAUGGUGUGAUAACAAUGCUUUUUUUCAGUCAUCAAUAAAUGAAGGAAAAUCUCAAGAA